AUGGGAGAUAAUAGCUUGUUGGAUUCUAUUGGUGAUGGGGAGAUUGGUAGUGAAAAGGAUCAAAAGCUGGAAUCAGCUAAGAAGGAAAUGGAAGAGGCUAGAGAAGAAAAUAAGAUGUUGGAGUUCUUUGACAUCCUUCAACAAGACAAACCUGAAGAUGCUGCAAAUGCUAAAGGUGUAUCUAGCCAUGAGGAAAAUGAAGAGAGUGAACUUGUGUCACUUUCUCUUGGGAUGUCAUUCAAAAGCAAGACUAAGGAUGAGAGGAAGAUUUACAAGAGAGAUGAUGAGGGCAUGGAUCAAGGACUCAGACUUGGGUUAGAUAUCAAUUUGGAUCCUGUAGAUCAUGCUGCUGAAGCUCUAAAUAUUUCCAGCACUGAAAGUAGCUUUGGUGAGGGAGGGAAGGACGAGGAACCAUGUCCGAUGUGGCCACCCAGUAAAGUUUUGAAGACAAUGAGAAAUGUGGAUAAAAGUGAAGCUCAACAUGAUCAGCCCAAGAAGACUAGGGUUUGCAUUAGAGCCAGAUGUGAUACACAAACGUGGAGAAAAUAUGGACAGAAAAUGGCAAAAGGAAAUCCAUGUCCCCGAGCUUACUAUCGAUGCACUGUUUCUCCAUCGUGUCCUGUGCAAAGAUGUGCUGAAGACAUUUCCAUAUUGAUCACCACCUAUGAAGGAACACACAAUCAUCGACUUCCUAUGUCAGCAACUGCAAUGGCCUGCACAACUUCUGCUGCAGCUUCCAUGCUCCAAUCUCCCUCAUUGAGGUCACAACAUGGAUAUGGACUAGUCAAUUCAGCUAUAUCCUUUAUUACCAACUCUAGUGCUCCUAAUUACAACCCUACUGAUGCCCUAAACUUCUCCACAAACCAGGUUUCAAAACCACAUCAAUUCUACUUCCCCAACUCAUCUAUUUCAACCUUGAAUUCUCACCCCACCAUCACUUUGGACCUUACAGCAACAUCCUCAAACUCGAGCCUCACUCACAUGCCAAAAUACUCAUCAACAAGCCUUAAUUUUUCCUCAGGUUUCUCUCCUCUACAAUCUAGCAUGCCUCCAUCACCUUGGAGCAGUUAUAGUGGUUACUUCAACUCAGAAACACUAACUCAUAAUAGAAACCAUGGUGGUUACUUGUUCAACACUGGAAAUCAAAAUCAGCCAUACCUAGGGCAUCUCCAUCAACCUAUUCACACCAGCAACAAUAACUUUUCUCAACGGCCUUUGCCUGAUUCCAUUGUUGCUGCAACCAAGGCAAUCUCAAGCAAUCCAAAAUUUCAAUCAGUGUUAGCAACUGCUCUCACAACGUAUGUUGGCAAUCUACCACUACCUGAGCAAUGGAAGUAA